AUGCGCCCCAAAUCAAAGGCAAAGCUGUCCGUCCUGGGCAUGCUCGACUUGCUUCCCGGUCUUGCGUCUGUCGUUGCGGUGGGCAUCCUCUCCGUGUUGACGGGUCUAUUCCGGGGCCAGAGGGACGCGCCCAGCCUGCACCUUCACAUUGCGUACGCCGUCUUGAGAAAAGCCACGUCCAGGCUCUCGCCCCUUCAACUGCAAUUCAUCUCGCCCUUGACCGAGGUCGUGUACCUGCAGUAUGCGCGCUCUGCCAAGGUCAAGCCCGAGACGGUGGCCCUGGGUGCCGGCGGUGCCCGCGCUCACUGGCUCGGAAAUAAAGAAGCGGCAAACGUCUUGAUUUGGUACCAUGGCGGCGGCUUCUGUCUGCCCGCAAACCGGGCAUACUUCCAGUUCCUCGAGAGUCUCGUCGCAUCGUCGCAAAAGUCUGGCCAGGACCUGGCAGUCUUCGUCCUGACCUACACCCUGGCCCCGGGCGCCACACACCCUACCCAGCUCACCCAAGCCGUCGAGGCACUGCGCUACAUCCUCGACGAGGCCGGCCGAAGGCCCUCUCGGGUGCUCAUCGGCGGCGACUCUGCAGGCGGAAACCUCGUCAUGGGCGUCCUGUCUCACCUCGCCCACCGACACCCGGCCAUACCCGAGCUCGACAUCUGCGAGCCGCUGGCCGGCGCCGUCGGCAUCGCGCCCUGGACCCUGAUCGGGGAGGACCACGGCGACAGGGACAUCUACUGUGGCGGCGAUCUGAUAACUCCCGCCGUGGACAAGCCCUGGUCCAGCGCCUUCCUGGGCGGCUCCGAUAAGGACUACUUCACGAGCGCCUCGACGGCUCCGCGAAGCUGGCUGGCGGCCUUCCCCGUCAAACGAGUCCUGAUACUGGGCGGCGGCAAUGAAAUCAUGCUGCCCGCCAUUGAGGACCUGGCAGAGAAGCUGCAGGCCGCGCUACCCAACGUCGAAUUGUUCAUAGGCCACCGCGAGGCCCACGUCGCCCCGGUGUAUAACAUGCUGGUAGGAGACAACACAGAAACCAUGCAGGGCAAAAAGGUCAAGGCGUGGUUGAGGGAGACACUGUAG